AUGCAAUCUUACCUUAUACCUCCUCAAUUUCAAGAGGCUGAAUCUGGCUUCAGCUCUGAAAUGAUGAUAAAGGCUCUGGAGAACAACAAUAAAUACCUCAUGACGAUGUGUCUCUAUUCCAAAAGUCUCACUGACGGAAUGGCUACUCUGCUGUCUGAUUUCGAAAGGCUAAAAUCUCAUUGUUAUAAUUGAAAAGACCCCUCAAGUCGAGCUCCUACUAAAGAGGAUCUUCUCCGGCAGUUUACUUCUCUUAGAAAUUUCCAAUUUUCACUGAAGCUGGCUUCAAGCAUAACGAUCCCCGUUUGCAAGAAAAAAACCUUUGGGCUGAACGUGUAUUUAAAGGUGCAUACAAAUGAAGAAUUAGAUGAAUCAUUUAAAAUCAAUUUAGAAGCUGUACUUUACCUUGCGGAAAAUCCGCCAGUAAAGCUUACGACAAGCAAGGCAGGCAAGCCACCUCUUGUCGGGAAUACUAGCCUACCUUCUGAAAAAGGCUGAUUUUAAUUGGUUAUUUUUAAAAUAAAUUUCAGGAUUUUUUACUAUAUUAUGCCCUAUCUCCAAUUGGAGUAAGACAACUCUUUCUUGGAAUCAGAAGAAAAAUUGCUACGCUGCAAGUUUUAAGCUGAAAGCAAACGAAGUGUCGUCGCACUAUAGGAACGGAUGGUUCUUCUUAGUCAUUAUGCCUGAAGCAAAUUCAGGAUUUGAUAUAAAGCCGUUGGUGAUUGAAAAUUUCAAUGUUAAAGCAAAACAAGUUUCUUGCGUUCAGUUUAACGAAAAACCAGAUAAUGAAUAA